UCCUCUGCGGCCUCAUUGCCAUCUUCGUCUUGGUCAGCUCCAACCUCCUUCUUCACAAUGAUGUCAUCAACCUCUCCAGUGGCCUCGUCCUCCACACGGAUGAUAGCAGCCGCUGCUAAAGACAGUUUCAGAGGGGAGGGGGCAGUGAAAGGCUUGGUUCUGUUGUCAGAUCUGUCAGUCUCGCCACCCCGGCCCCUCCCACCUCAGCAGAGGCAUUACAUACUGCCGCUGCUGCCCGUGCUCUUAGCAACGGUGCCUCGGCAACAGAGCCACGGCAACAGAGCUCCACGGCAACAGCGUGCCGUGUCUCCCCAAUGGAGCUGCCAUUGGGCGGACCAGCGCUCAGGCACUACACCCAGAGCAGACCGAGACCUCACCGACAGAAACUGAACUAUCGUCCCAGCAGACCGCAGGAGACAAUAAUCGAGAGUGAAAAUGAAGUCCUUGAGCUCAUGGGACGUGUGGAUGAAGGAGUUGAAGAGUUCUUUACUAAGAGAGUACUGCCUGCUGAUACACUGAAACAGCAGGAUGAGGAAUCUAUCACGGUACAUGAAGUGGCUCCUGCCAGCUCUGUCCCUUGUCCACCCCCAACAAAAACCCUCCGGAGGAAGCUGGGUGAUUUCUUUACUCUCAAAAAGAGGCGAGGUUUGAAAUCAGAGACAAGCCACGAGGGCCGUCCCAAAAAGGCUUCCAUCGCUGAUCUCAUUCGCCCUCUCAGGGAGGUCGCCAGAUCCGAGAAAGACAAAGACAAAGACCGAGUGAAGGAGCAUGACAAGGAAAAUGAAAAGGAGAAAGCAAAAGAGCCUCCCACUGCUGUUUCUGGAGAGCCAGCUGUUCGGGAGACACCUGUUUCUGGCGCUCCGCCGCUGAGGGGUGAAGCGGUACCUCCCCGCCGAGCUCUCAGAGAAGGGAAGUCCCAGUCUCUUAUUUUGCUGUCUGGAUCAGCAGCAGCAGGGUCUACCAAUGCCAGAAACACUGCAAAGAAACAAUUCGAAGGCCAGAAUAGCUUUGAACAGAAGCUCCAUCUCAUGCUUCAGCGUAUUGGAGUUUCCAAACCCCUGCCAGGAGAGACACAGGAUCAAGAAGGAGAGAUGAAAAAGGCCGAGUCUGAAGGUACCAUCAUUGACAAUAAACCUGAGCCACCUCCUACUUUCUCAAAACCUCGAACGAUGUCCGCAUCAUCAGACACAAGGCAUCAAAUUCGAGCAAGUGUGUCAGCACAUGAAGGAGCUGGGAAACCUGCUUUGCUUCCAAAGCCAGUUAUCAAACCGGGUCCGCCCCCCACAACAUCUGGCCGCAACACACCUGAGAACGAGCUGGCCCAAAUACAGGAAGCGGAGACAAACACGCCCACUAAACUCAGCCCACUUGCAGCUCCAUCACCUCCUGCCACCUCUGCUCCCACAGCACCGACAAUCUCAAACUCAGUCCCCGACUCGACCGACUUUAAAGUUUCCCCUUCGAGUCCUGUAACUCCCUCUGAUGCAACAAUAUGCACUGACUCUCCUGCAGCAGCUGCAGCAGCAUCCACCAAUGCUACAGUGUGUGAUGGUGAAGCCGCUGUCCCCGAAACUACCACCACACCCACAGAGCCCCCGACCACUGUCUCAGUUACUUCCACCUCCUCACAUUCCGUUACUCCGAGCCUCGCUGCCACUUCCAACACAGCAGCAACAAUUGCUGGGCCUUCCAUUACCACCUCGGAAACUGUUUCUGCUCCCAGUCAUGAAAGCUCAGUUUCCACAGCACCAACAAAUCUGUCAACUAAAUCGACUUUGCCAGAGCCAAGUGGUAUUUUCUCAGUUGAUGCUGCUCCUGCUGCCGGUGGUGAUGCAGCUAUUUCUGUCAUCACUGCAGCUUCUGUGCUCUGCACCAGCAUAUCAGAUGUGCCACCAGGCUUGUCUACCACCACCAUCGGUGAAGUCAGUCAUAAACCCACUUUAGUCGCAUCCAGUAGCUCUUCAACAUUAGUCACUAAAACUGCAUCUCCUCCCUCUGACUCCAGUGAUAUAAUUACAGUUACUAUUUCACAUGAUCCCCCCUUUACCGCUUCGUCCACUGUGGUCUCUACCGCCCUUACUCCUACCACCUCUGCCCUUUCUAGCACUCCUACAACUAUCACCCAAACAGCCGAUGACUCCAUUAACUCCGUCUCUUCAUCUACCGUCAUUCACCCAACCACCACGUCUGUUCCCCCCACUUCUUCCAGUGAAACAAACCCUACAGACACCACUUCCACUGCCACCAGUUUGAACCGAGCAGAUACCACUUCCACUGCUAGUUCAUCAACCUCUGGUGCAAUUAGCUCACCGCUCACAACUGGGUCAGACCCACCUUUUUCCAACAAUGUCAGCGCUAAACUCACACCAACUAUCUCUAUCCUGCCCGCUACUGAUAACUCAAGUGCUACUUCUACUGCAGCACCCUCUGACGAUAGCCCAGGGCAAGAUAAUGUCAUCAAGACAACUCCUGAGGAGAGCUCGAGUAUAGAGCCUGCAGAAAAAGGCACUGCAGCAGAUGGGGAGCAAAGUGCAAAGUACCAGAAAUGGACGAGAAGAAGGAAGUGGUUGACGGUUGGAGUCAGAGUGAGAAACCAACACUAGUCCAGAGUGACUUGACAACAAAGAAGUGCAGCAAGAAAGUGUGAAAGUUGAAGCAGAUAAGACGGCUGAACCUGGAGCAGGGGAGGAGGGUGAGAGCAGCACAGAUGAGGCAGUGAUAGUAGAUCAGAAGCAAGAGGAAACUAAACCAGUGAGUGAUAAGUGAAAAAUAAAGAAAAUGCUAAAUACGGGACCAACUACUGUGACAGGGGGGCAGGAGAGGCCACAGUAAAGGGUGAAGCGUGGGGCAGGGGACUGAUGAUCCAUGGCACUUCCUACAGGGACCACCACAUCACAGCAGCACACCACAAAGGGUGGGCCACUGGACCAAAGAACUGAGAUCCCCUUGGUGUGACGUAAUUAACAAAUCCAGCAGUGUCUUUGUCCUUUUUUUUAACUUAUGUUUGAGAUUUUGCAUUGCACGUGUGAUUAUGUACCAUAAGACAAUUACUGUGGUAAAAUACACCAUGUUUACAAUAGAUGGAUAAGAGACAUAGUUAUGACU